AUGAUAAAGCACGAUUAUAAUGCUGACAAAAGAAAGAAGACUGGAAAAAGGACUGAAAGGAAAAACGAGAAAGAGGCAUAUUCAUCAUGUCCCUCCUUUGCUCUACAGGUUACAAGAAAACAGAUCAAGGACCUCUACAGUGAAUUAAAAAACUUGCCUAAGGAGUCAAAUGCAGUAAUUCUCAAUGUGUUAGAAGGCAAUGACUGGCAGCCUGUAACUGUAAAAACAAUAGAAGGUAAGUUAGCUAAACACACUGUUCUUGUUGAUCAUGAUUAUUUACCUGGUAAACAUAAAAGAAAUGAAACUCAGACAGAGGUAGAAGCUUCUAAAUGUGAAUUAGAUCAUCUUUUCAAGAAAGCUCCAGUACAUUGUUUUGGGGAAAAUCAGUGUGAGCCAUUAGACAUCAACGUUUUACCAGAAUUAAUCAUUUCCCAUUCUGUAGCAAUGUCUAACUUACCUGAACAACAGACUGAAACUAACAUGAUUGUAGAAACUGAAACUGAUGAAGCUAUGAUUUCUGAGGAAACUUUAAAUGAUGAUCCUGAUUUUCAAAGCAAUAGUAACUUUACCAUACCCAAUCCCACACAGUGCUACCCAGAUGACUUGGAUUUAACUGAUGAGAACUUUAUAGCACUUUGUAAAGAGUACAUGAAAACCAUCAAAAUAACUGAAGAUGGUAUCAACAUUGUUGAGGAAAAAACAAGAGGGCAAUCUAGCAACUCAGAUUGGCUUCAAUACAGAUGUGGAAGACUAACUGCAUCGAAAUUUGGUGAAAUCAGAAACAGAAGAGUAACUACACCCCCUGAUGGGCUUGUGAGGAAUGUUUCAGUACAACGGCAGGCCAAAUAUACUAUAUCAGUGUCAAGUGGGGUUAGAAAUGGAAACAGUCAUCAUAGGCAAACACUUUCAACAUCAAGGAAACAAUGGUCAAAAAGAUAA